GCCUACUAAAUUUUAACCGGAUGUUUACGUGUGGACAACUAAAAGUGAUCUUUUUCCACUAAAAAUUGUUCCGUUUCAUGGGAAUGCUUCACGAGUGGACACGUUUCAGUUGGGACUAGUUCAACAUAUGGGAUAAUUAGAAGUUAAAAAUAGAUUUACUGGUAUCAUAUUUUAAUAUACGAAUCUUCAAGCCUGACCUAAAUUUGAGAUAUAUUUGAUGCUAAUAUGAACCAGAGUACUGGAUAAUAGAAACUAAAGAAUUGGAUAAUCUUAUCCAAAGAACUGGAUAUUAUAAAAAAUUUAUAUAAAAGUAUAUCUACUUCACUUAUUUCAGUCAUGACUUCGAAAGAUUCCGGGACAGGACGUAAAAGAGGACGUCAUUUAGUUGAAGGAACUGGAUUCGAGAGUAGUGACUAUUCUCCUCAUUUUCCGCUAGUGUCGUCUGUUGAUCAGGGAGAUUUUACGGAUUUUAAUGACAGUAAAGAUAAAACAGAGAUGUCAAAUCUGAAGGGUGAUUACGGCAGUAUAGCAUUAUUGACAUUUUUGUACAUACUACAAGGAAUUCCAUUAGGACUCGCAGGAAGUAUUCCAAUGUUAUUAACCAGUCGACAUGUAAACUACAAGGAUCAAGCCUUAUUUAGUUUCGUAUAUUGGCCAUUUAGCAUUAAGUUGCUAUGGGCGCCAUUAGUAGACGCUAUAUACAUUCCAUGGUUUGGUCGUCGUAAGACAUGGCUUGUUCCAACACAAUAUAUGAUUGGUUUAUUUAUGUUAGUGUUAUCCUAUCAUGUUAAAGAUGUUAUGGGCGAUGGAGACGAUGAAGGUCGUGUGAAUAUUUUAUUGUUGACUGUCGUAUUUUUUAUGUUGAAUUCUCUGGCUGCCACACAAGAUAUAGCUGUUGAUGGCUGGGCUCUCACCAUGCUCUCUAGGCGUAAUGUUGGAUGGGCAAGUACAUGUAAUUCUGUCGGACAAACAGCAGGGUAUUUUUUAGGAAAUGUUCUGUUUUUAGGCCUAGAAUCUGCUGAUUUCUGUAAUAAAUAUUUACGUUCCGAACCGCAGAAAGAAGGGAUCGUUACUUUAGCAGGUUUUCUGUAUUUCUGGGGAAUUAUCUUUUUUAUAACAACAACAUUAGUUAUGAUAAUCAAACGAGAACGAAUGGAUCCUGAUGUCGACCCAGAGAUGGGAAUUUUAGAAACGUAUAAAAUAUUAUUAAAUGUCAUCAAAUUACCAUCUGUACUGUCAUAUACCGUUAUUUUACUCACAUCUAAGGUAGCAUUUGCAGCAACAGAUUCAUUAACAAGUUUAAAAUUAAUAGAAUCUGGGUUUCCAAAGGAACGUUUGGCAAUAUUUGCCAUUCCUAUGAUACCCAUACAGAUUAUUCUACCUAUUGUUAUUAGUAAAUUUACAGCAGGUCCACGACCAAUGGCUGUUUUUCUUAAAUCUAUACCAUUCAGAAUUUUAUUAGGUGUUUUCUAUGCUGGUCUUGUUUAUCUAUCACAAUACGCCCAGAUUCAACCAGGAGAAUUCGCUCUUUAUUUCUAUUUUAUAUUAUUAGUAUGUUACGCUUUACAUCAGGUGUUUGUGUAUAGUAUGUUUGUAAGUCAAAUGGCAUUCCAUGCUAAAGUCAGUGAUCCAUCUAUUGGUGGUACUUAUAUGACUUUAUUAAACACAGUGGCUAAUCUAGGUGGUAAUUGGCCGGCAACGUUAAUGCUAUGGUUGGUUGAUUUAAUCACAUGGAAGUCAUGUGACGGGGGCGUCGGUGAUUGCUAUAUCAAGGGAGAUAAUACGUGUAAAGAAAAUGGUGGUUCGUGUGUAACGACAGUUGACGGUUACUAUAUAGAAACUUGUCUAUGUGUUAUGAUUGGAUUGCUCUGGUUAAAAUGGAGGAGUCGACGUCUAAAAGAACUUGACGCUUUAGACGUUAGUGCCUGGAAGUGUGAUUACUAAAUCUCAUGAAUAUGCAUAAUGCAUCCAUCUUUUAAGACUUUUAAACCAGUCAUCCUCGGACCUGAUUCUCAAUGGUUGGAAAAGAGGCGAAUAUUUAGGACUAGUGUUGAGCCGGGUUUCUCAGAAGAUUUGCUGUUUUAACAAGAUAUUCAGAAAAACAUGGGUCCAGAAGUAGUUAAAGACAAUUUUAGUCCUGAUCUCAAUAUACGGAAAUAUGACCAUAGAAAAUAAUUUAUUAAUAAGCAUAAAUACAAGAAAUUCUAUUAAAUCAUAAUUAUUUGUGAAAGUUACAUUUUCAGAAUAUUUCAGCCAUUUUUUUCAGAAUGAUAUUUUCACAGUAACUGCCAAACUAUGAAAUAACUGAACAAUUUAAUUAUGAGAUGUACACCCUCACAGAAAUUCAAAUAUGCAAAAUAAAUCAAACAAUAUUUGGAUAUUUGUGAGUGGAACUCAAAUUAAAUGCAGUAUGAGUUAUUUCAAUAGGUAAAAAACCCCAAAAACCCCAAAAAUAAAUUCAGAAUAGUUAAUUUCAUUUCAUUUUGUUUUAUAUUUAAAUGGAGUUUGUACAUAUGUAAUCAGUCUAAAAAAUAAAUUGUUGCAUGAUAUUGUUGCGUAUUGUUGUAUUUGCUGAACUGCUAAGAGAAAAUGAAGAUGUUUUAAAAUUUUUGAUUGUUUAAUGCCAAUUAAAAAUGUGCUGGUGGUACCCCCAUUAAAAAGAAAAUAUAAAAAUUAAUGUUUGUAAUUUUCCUUUGAAGCUAGCCAUAACUAUGUUCUACCGUUCUGAUUAAUGUUAAGAUUCAAUUAUUUCUGUUCAUUGUGUUCCUUUAUCCAGGACAGACUCCAAAUCGUGUAUUUCGCUGAGAACUUCUGUGAGAGAAUCCAUGCACCACCACUGAUUAAAUAUAGGGCCGAUAUUAUAUUUAUGAACUAAUUGAAGUUUAAGUUUAUAAGUUUAAUUGUUGUUACGUCUAUAUUAUUUUGACCAACAAUAGUUGUUUUUUAUUUAUGAGACAAUCUUUCAUUGAACGAGUAACACUUCUAAGUGGAUACCCAAAAUGGAGAGAGAGAAAUGGGAUUUAACGUCCUCUCAACACAAACUAGGUCAAGUUGCUACCAUAAUAAACAAUCUAUGUUAUAUCUUUAAGGGGGUUGGAUGGUCGAAUGGUUAGCACGCGCGCGCUGUAUCACGAGGCCUGUCAUUGAGUCAACUGGCGGGGUUUCGAAUCCCCGGUUGUACGUGACAAGGAGUAGGGAUGCCUGUCCAACCUCGUGGGUUUUCUCCAGGUCCUCGGGUUUCCUCCCACUGCUAAAGACCCCUAAGCGUAAGCGAAUUAUUGAAAUAAAAUUAAAAACCAUAUGUUAGUCCCGAAAUGAUCUAGUCUGUGUCGAGUGGAUGUUAAACCCCAUUUCUCUCUCACUAUAUCUUUAAACAAGAAAACUUCGCACAGAAUAAAAUAUUUUGGAAGAAAUUUUUAAUAUAUUCAUUUUUCAUUAUCUAUUUUUUAACUUUAAUAGCAAUAACAGCCAGCUCUUUUACUGGCAUUUAACAUUUGACUUCUAAUACUAGAAUACUUGGUAUAGAUACAAUUCCUAUGUUUAUUACACUGCAGGGUAUUAUCCAAACAGAUUAAAACACACAUCCUAUUUCGUUUUUAUAGUUCAAUAGUUUUAUUGGUCUGUACUACACUAGGAUCUGGAAAAGUUGUUAUAUAACCUGCGUUCUGGAUGGCGUAAAGGAUUAGCCAAAUGAAACAGUCUGUUACGGUGACUUCUUGGCAUGCGAUGCACGGAGCUGUGGGUAAACCACUAGAAACAUCAACGCUGAUUGAUUAAUCAAUGUUUGAUGUCAUAGAGUCAAAAGCCACUCAUGUGACCCCUGCCACGACCUCCCACUACAACCGGUUAGAUCUUCAUGUACUGUAGGCCAUCGAAAGUAUAAAAAAACAAAACAAAAUUUAGAUCUGUAUUUUAAUCAGAUUGAGUUUUAUCACGAUUUCACAAAUCGUUUUCCAUUUACGAGCAAAAAACCCCAACUAACUUAAGUGUGAAAACCACUUGUUAAACGUUGUAAUAAAUGUAUUGAUUGUAUCCAUAUUCUCCUACUAUUAAUUAUUUUUUAUUCUGACAUAUUCAAUUAUAUUUCUUUUACAUGAAGACAUCAAAUUGAAAUAUAUAUUUUGAAAAAAGACAAAAAUAAAAUAAUAAUUUCUUA